AUGGAUCCCCUGGAGGUGCCCCCUCUCACCCCAACUAGUAAGGAGGUGCUGUGCAAGGCCUUGAGCGCCAGUUUUGCCGGUUUCACCCAGGAAAGGCUCACCCAUCGCUUCCCGCAAGAUGUCACAUUAUGGUCUGAGUGGGAGGUGAACCACUGGCUGGACUGGUGCCGGGCCGAGUUUGGUCUGCACUUGUUGGGCUCAGAACUAAAGGGCCUGCAGGGUCAUGAGCUGUGUGGCCUGGACCGUGAAGCUUUCCUGGGCCUCACGUCUGACUACACCGCUGGAGAGAUCCUGUGGGAGCACUUGGAGAUCAUGAGACGCGGUACCGAAGAAACUCAACCAUUGGACAGAAUGAUGGCGUCUGGAGCGCUGCACAGACGACGUGCACAGAAUCAUCUCCCUGCCAGCCUCCUAGCAUUAAAGGUGAAUAUUGUUCAUGUACGCUUACACGCUGUCGUCAAAUAUUCUUUGUUUACAUUCUCAGACAAGCAAAGCUACCAUGUUGAGUACCUCGAGAGGACAGAGCACAACUCUGCUGAGGAAGCCCAGCACCAAUACUAUCUGCUCAAAAGCCAACAUCCAAUCAGGAACAAGAUUUCUCAGACAGCAACAAACAGCGAGAGCGACUCCGAAGCAGAGACGUCUUCCAGUGGCAACUUGAUGUGGACCGGCACUGAGGCGCAGUGUGAGGACAUUUUCACUUUAGCACAACCGUACAAAAGCUUCAAGGAGUAUGUGGGAGACAAGACAGACGUGGGCAAUGCGGUGAUACCAGCGGCCAUGCUCGCUGGUUAUACUGGAAGUGGUCCCAUUCAGCUGUGGCAGUUUUUACUAGAGCUGCUGACCGACCGCAGCUGUCAGUCGUGUAUCAGUUGGACGGGAGACGGCUGGGAGUUCAAGCUGACCAACCCCGAUGAGGUGGCACUGCUGUGGGGACGCAGGAAGCACAAGCCCAAGAUGAACUACGAGAAGCUGAGCAGGGGCCUGCGCUACUACUACGACAAGAACAUCAUCCGCAAGACGUCGGGCAAGCGCUACGUCUAUCGCUUUGUCUGCAACUUGCAAGAGCUGCUGGGAUACGAGCCGGGCGAGUUGCACGCCAUGUUAGACAUCGGGGCCAAGGCCCGCUAAUUAAGAUUUGAGCGAGAGCAGAAUUGCAGAUUAAGCUACUAUGGCCAUCUAUUGGACAACCUUUAAGUGAUCCCCACAUUUACAUGGCCAGAUUUAUAAACCAUGAAAAGAAGGCAAGUGGACAUGCUGAUUUAAUUUUACACGCCAGUGAACAAGUUGUCAGACAUGCAGCGAGCGAGUGUGGCAGGAUUACUUCCACCACUUUCACUAAUGGAAGACAGGAGAGUCUUUGUCCGUGUGGCCGAGUGUGGGUUAAGCCGACUGGACAAUCUUUGCGUCCACAAAAUAAAUACAAAUAUGGCCCUGACAUACAGAUGCACAGCAGACACACUGAACCCUGCUUAGCUGAACACCUAA